CCGUGCUUCUAAACCGGAACCCUGUCCCAUUCGCUGCGAACUGGCCAGUCAGGUUUGAGAAUGGUGUGUGCGCCUGUUCACGAGCUUCUUGUCUUGGUGUCGCAUGCCGACUCGCAGGUCCUUUGAACAUAUCAGAAAAAUUUAAUGAGCAAUUCAAGUGGUUUAUAGAUCAAAUACACAGCGCCAAGCACACGAUCGUGAAUAAACCGGAUAUUUAUUUACGCCCAAAGAACUAUAAAAGGAAACCAACUAGCUCGCGAAUUAGCAAUAAAAAGCUGGAAUGGAGAACAAAACAAAUGGAUCAGUGGAAGCUAAACUUGUGGUGGAGAAUGGCCAGCUGCCGGACCCUGCAGACUGGGCAUUCACUGAUGUCGUCAACUAUUUCAAAGCUGCAGGAUUUGAUGAGCAGGCUACUGCUUUCCAAGACCAGGAAAUCGAUGGCAAGUCUCUGCUCCUGAUGACGCGGAAUGAUGUCCUGACUGGUCUGUCUAUCAAACUGGGGCCAGCACUGAAGAUCUACGAGUACCACGUGAAACCACUUCAAACUCAGCACCUGAAGAGUAAUGCUAAUGCAUCACUGCAUGCUCCUCAACGUGUAACAAGAUAAUCACGAGGCAGGACGGACAGACCAGUCCGAAGAGAUUUAUAGACCCAAGAGGACAGUGGAGAACGACGGGGCUUAGAAAACUCUUGCAUGGUUGCAUCUUGCAUCCUUCUGAAAAUAUUAUUUUACUUAAACUGCCAAAUGAUUUGAGCCGUUACGUUUGUUGGUAGUUAACUGAGUGGUAUCAGUUUAUGAAACCAAACAAGGACUUUAAUUCGUUGAGGUCUUGGACAUCAUAAGAUCAUUUUACAGGUCUUAAAAAGUACAGGUUUAUUUUUUUCUAAGAGUUAGUCUCAAAGCAAAUCAAGCUACUGAAGCAGAUUCAACUGAAUGGGUUAUUUAAUAGUGGCCGAUCCUUUUCAGAUGGAUGCAAAAGGUGCACUAGAUGUCUGACUUUGUGAUAAUCUAUCUUCUACCCAUGUCCCAUUGAUAUGAUCAGUAUAUACCAAACUAUGGAACAGUUUGAUGCCGGUUAAGACUGGAUGGUAAUUAGUUGGAGGACAUGUACGUGUUUGAACCAUACUUACUGAUCCUCCAUUACAGCCAUUUUUAUUUCACUUAAUCAAAGCUGUAUCUAUGAGCAUUAUGCGCAUCAAUUGUAAAUUUAAGCACGGGGAUAUAGGUUUAUGAAUGUGUUCUUUGAUUUCCUUAUUCUUAAAUAUAUGGCAUUUUA